CCAGGGGACACCGACGAAUGUGACCUGCGCAAAGCCUCCUUUGCAAAAGAGAGUGUCUUUUUCCCCUCCUCUUCCCUCCACCCCCCUCGCCUCGAGGACAAUGGGCCAGACCCGGAACUCUGGCCCUGGGAUUUGCCACAGGGCGCGCGCCACCCUCAGUCGCCUGGCAGAGGCGCGAGCCAGCGCAGCGAGGCUGCUCCUGCCUGGGCGAGGGAAUGGAGCUCGCCGAGGUGGACCUGGGCGACCCCGGGGAGCAACCGGGCCGGGCCAGGGUGUGCAGCAGCGCGGACAGCCCGGCGGAGGAGGAGGAGGAAGAAGAAGGGGAGGCAAGCGAGGAGGCGCUGUCGCGCAGCCGCGCCUCGUCGCUGGUGAACGGCCUCCUGACCGAGCUGUACAGCGUGGGGCGCGCCCGCCAUCGCGACAGCGUGGACAGCUCCACCGAGGCGUCCGCCGGCUCCGACGCCUUCCCCGGCGGCAGGGGCAGCAGCGCCGAGUCCCGCUUCCUGCAGGAGCUGCGGCGAAGGCCCAGCCAGCGGCACCAGAGGACGUACCUGGCGCAGAAAGAUACCAAUGAGUUGACAACCAUAAUACGCGAGCUGAAUUACAGAAUUUGUGUUCAGUCAGCAAAAUUGCUUCGCCUUCUGAAACAAAAGGACAGGCUUUUGCACAAAGUGCAGAAGAACUGUGAUAUUGUAACAGCCUGUUUGCAAGCAGUUUCCCAGAAACGGCGAGUUGACACCAAGUUGAAAUUUACACUUGAGCCAUCUUUAGGUCAGAAUGGCUUUCAGCAGUGGCACGAUGCUCUCAAAGCAGUGGCUAGGCUGCCAACAGGAAUACCAAUGGAGUGGAGGAGAAAGGUCUGGCUCACCUUGGCAGAUCAUUACUUAAGGAGCAUAGCAAUUGACUGGGAUAAAACAAUGCGCUUCACUUUCAAUGACAGAAGCAAUCCUGACGAUGAUUCCAUGGGUAUUCAGAUUGUAAAGGAUCUUCAUCGAACUGGAUGCAGUUCUUACUGUGGCCAGGAGGCAGAGCAAGACAGAGUGGUAUUAAAACGUGUUUUACUGGCUUACGCCAGGUGGAACAAAUCUGUAGGAUAUUGUCAAGGCUUUAACAUUCUGGCUGCCCUCAUUCUUGAAGUAAUGGAAGGCAACGAGGGAGAUGCUUUAAAAAUUAUGAUUUACUUAAUUGAUAAAGUGCUGCCUGACAGCUAUUUUGUCAAUAACCUCCGAGCGCUAUCUGUCGACAUGGCCGUGUUCCGAGACCUCCUGAGAAUGAAACUUCCUGAACUGUCUCAGCAUUUGGAUACUCUUCAAAGAGCUGCCAACAGGGAAAGUGGAGGCGGUUACGAACCCCCACUCACGAAUGUCUUCACUAUGCAGUGGUUCCUGACCCUGUUUGCUACAUGCCUUCCUAACCAUACAGUUCUAAAAAUCUGGGAUUCUGUGUUCUUCGAAGGGUCGGAAAUUAUACUGAGAGUAGCGCUGGCUAUUUGGGCAAAGCUGGGAGAGCAGAUAGAUUGUUGUGAAACUGCGGAUGAAUUCUAUGGCACCAUGGGAAAGUUAACCCAAGAGAUGCUGGAAGGCGACCUGAUUGAUAGCAAUGAACUCAUGCAGACUGUUUAUUCUAUGGCCCAGUUCCCUUUCCCACAACUAGCAGAAUUACGGGAGAAAUAUACAUACAACAUUACUCCUUUUCCUGCCUCAGUGAAAUCAGCUUCAGGAUGGCUGGGAAAAAUUAGAGACAGUGAUGAGGAGAACGACCUUGAUGAUGAAGAUUCCAUAGCUAAUGUCAUUGGUUGCCUUGGGCCAUUCAGUGGGUUUCUAGCCCCAGAACUACAGAAGUAUCAAAAGCAAUUCAAAGAUCAUAAUGAAGAGCAGAGUCUAGGUUCCAGCAAUAUUGCAGAGCUAAGCCCUGGAGCAAUAGAUGCCUGUCGGAGCGAAUACCACGCCGCUUUUAACAGCAUGAUGAUGGAACGUAUGACCACAGACAUUAAUGCGCUGAAAAGGCAGUAUUCACGGAUAAAGAAGAAACAGCAGCAACAGGUCCAUCAGGUGUACAUCAGAGCAGGGUCUGAAGAUGAUGACCCUGGGAUUAUGUUAGAUCCCAGGGACCAGCCGAAUAAUGAUAAAGGACCAGUUACUAGUCUUCUGCCCUCUCAAGUGAACCAUUCUCCAGUGAUCAACCACCUUCUGCUAGGAAAGAAGAUAAAGCCAACUAACAGGUCUUCCAAAAAUGCUAUUAUUCAUGUUCCAAAUCACGCAGGAGGCAAGAUGUCACCUAGUCCCCACGAAGAUCUUAAAACAAAGCUCAACUCUCCUUGGCGCACUCACAUUAGGGUGCAUCGAAAGAAUAUAGCAAGAGCCAAAGGCCAGCUGGGCUAUGGAGAUACAAUAGGGUUAAUAGAAGAGCAGAAUGAAGGUGUGAAAACCAGUAGCCCCAAUGGGAAAGAAGAGGCUCCAAGCAAAUCUGAAUCUAUGGAAAUCGAAGGCAGUGAUUCAGAUGCCCGGACUGCUGAAGGACAGUCUCCUGAACCAAGUUACAAAGAUGCCAAUGCCAACGUCAACGUAUCAGCUGUUCAGCUGAAGCUCGAAGCCCUGGAACUUACCCAAAAUGACAAAGAUGAUGUUGAAUCAGUAUCGACUUCGUUCUGUCAAACACCUCUAUCCGAGUUCCCGAAUUCGCCCAGUGACAGUGGGACAGUGGCAAAAUCUCCCCAAGCUGCCACUGCUAAAUCACAAGUCUUCAGUCCUUUUCCCAGUGUCAAACCUCUUAGAAAAUCAGCUGCGGCCAGAAACCUAGGAUUGUAUGGUCCAACCGAGAGAACCCCAACUGUACAUUUCCCACAGAUGAGCAGAAGCUUUAACAAGCCUGCAAGCGGUAACAGCGGGUCAAAAAAACGAUGAUGUAUAUAUAUCGCUGGCGCAUCAUCAUCAUCUCAGUUUUUAUGACGUGUGUGUUCGUUGUUCUGAAGGAGUUUCUGAAUAAUUUCAUUUCUUAAUUGAAAUAAGGAAGAUAAGUCGCAACUGGAACAUAAACUGUAUGAUCAAAGAUCUGUCUUUUUUAUAUAUAUAACGUGGAGUAGUGAAAGCACACAGUGCCACAUACAGUUUUCAUGUUCAAAAAAUGAACAUUGGCUUUCAGUAAUGAGAAGCUGUAACACGGCAUUCAGUAAUACAGUGGUAGGACAGUUUCCCCCCUGUCAGUUCAUCAAGAAGACUACCACCUUUUAUGGUUCAGUGGCUAAUUAGCAGAGCCUUGUAGCUGCCUCAAUGAAGUACACUGGACUUCAAAAUUUCAGGCAGAUUAAAAUAUUUUUUUAAAAAAACUGCUUCUGUAUAAUAUAUACAGAAUAUAUUUGAGCAGCUGACACAUUAGCUGUGUUUUAGCAUUUUCCACUCGAAUGCCACUGGUGUUACUUCUUUUAAUUAUUUUUGAUAUAAUAAUUAUCACCUUAGGUCAGGUAAAAAGGGAAGUUGAAAUGCUUUCUAUGACUCGAUUGUGGCUCCCUAAAUGAUGACCUUCAGUGAGUCAUGGGACUGUUGGAAUAUAUAUUUAAAUCUGUUAGUUAAUUUAUCACUAAAAUUCCUAGAAGUAUCUGGCAUUAAAGACAAAUCUUCCUUAGCCUUUAUGAUAAGGUUAAGUCACUUUUCAUGUUAACUGCUGGGCAGUGUUGUUCCACAGUGUAUGUUAAUUCCCUAAUGUGUCAGCUUCCCAGCUGAGGAAAAUUUAUGGCUGUAUCCUGAUGAUGUAAGAUCGUCUUUAGUGUACUACUUAACUUUUUUCGGCCAGUGAAAGUUUUAGCAGUUUCCUGCAGAUCUUGUCCCUUGCUUCUACAUUUGAAGUGAAAUGAUCUAUUGCCUAACAAGCUUCAAGAGAUUAGAGGUGGUUAUCACUAUGGUGUAUUAUCAUGUAAACAAUUGUUAAAAUUCCAAAACUUGACAGUCAGUAUGGAGAAAGGGGUCUCCUGUUUCUCGGUCUCCUAAACACUGUGCAAUCCCCCGCCCCCUUUCUAAAACAUAGAAUACUGCUGUGUAAUAGUUUCAGUGUUCAGUGGGAAUUAGUGAACAAACUAACUGUGUAGGCUUGGGGAAGUUACAAACUCUGAAACAGUUUUAGAUUUGUAAAAUGAAGAGUAGGAGCCUACCUCACAGGACAAAUGUAAGGACUAUAAGUGCUGUGCAAAGUUAAGUGCAAUGAAAAAUAGCAUGUGCUGCCAUAACAACAAGAGUCAUUCUAGGGUAAUAGACAGAAGUCCAUUAUCUACAGAAGAUGCUGUCUAUAUCUAUCCUGUUCACAAUAGCUGUGAGCAUUAAGCCUAGGUGCUUGAAGGAAGAGUACACUGAUGAUGAAUCAAUCCUACUUACAAUUUGUGGAGUUCUCAAUUUGUGGAGCUCCCAAGUCUACACAGUCUUCCAUUAUCCUUUCGUUGAAGUUCUCUGAAUGGGAUGCAUCUCAUCCUGCAAUCCACAGUUGGUUCAGGAAAUGUAUAACAACAAGAAUCCUCCAGGCUUCUCUAAGUAAUAGCUCUUAGGCUGCAGUCCUGAACAGACUUACCUGGAAAGUAGGUCCAGUUGAACGCAGUAGAACUUAACUUCUGAAUAGACAUGCAUGCGAUUUGGCUGAAUGUGUAACUCUUAUGUUUUCAGUGAACAGAUAAGCCAGCAGACGAAUAAAGGAUCAGUGAAGAAUCUAAAGUAUCGUGCACCUAGAUUGCUAACAAGUUUUGGUUUUCCCAUGAUUUCUGAGCAGCAGUCUACAUGCUUCAUUGCAAGCCAUUUAUGAACAGUUUGUGAUAUGGCGCUAGGUGGGCGUACUUUUAAAAAUCAAAAUCAAAAAUCCUACUGUGUUGGCUUGUCCAAUGUACUUCUUUGGGCCUUAGCUGCUGAUUCUCCAGUAUCAUAUAAAAGGCAUAGGAAUUUGGUCCUCAAAACACUGUCCCAAAACCAAUUUGGAUUUCAACUUUAUUUUGGAAAUCUCUGUAGUUUCCUACCCUGAAAGACAGUUAUGUCCUUCGCCGUGUGAAUUUUUCAGAGCUAAUAUUUUGUCCACAUUAAAUAUUUCUGUAAAAAUGAUUUCCCCCCAUUCCUAAAAGAGUAAUGAAAGCAGCUAAAAACUAAUCUAAAAUUAUAUCCAAGGUUAGCAAUUUGCAAACCCAUAAAGCAUUCUGAAAUUGCUUGACACCCCAUUUACUCCAAUGGAAAGCACUAGAGGGAAUCUUAUCUGGGGUCUACCCUGUGCAUGCACACAAGACAUAUCAGAGCUGCCUGACGCUGAGGUCAGUGUCUUAUGUGGAAUUCUGCAUGGGUACUAGAGCCCUCCCCUGUCCCUGCACAUCAAUAGGAGCAGCUAGUUUUGGCAUGGUGUAGCUACCUUUACAUUAUGAUGACAGGUAGUUCUGGACCCAUCACCGUUGCCACCUGAGUGAUGCCGGUAAGAAACUGAAAUAACUACUGGGUCUGCCUGCCUUUUGUGCGCUGUGAUUUAAGAUGCUUUGGUGUUAAACUUUGUAUCUUUGAUGUAUACAAUGUACUAUAGAUAUUGUAACAUUAUAAAUAUAUACAGGAUAAUAUAUACAGGAUGUAUGAAAUGG